AUGACCGAAUCAAAAUCAAUUGAGAAAGUGUCUGACCCCGAGGUACAUUUGGGCGAAACCACUACGUAUACAGACCCCGAGGCCGAGAAGUCAUUUGUCAAGAAGAUUGAUUUCAUCGUGCUUCCUACGCUAUGUUUGAUGUACUUUUUCGACUGCAUGGAUCGGAGCAAUUUGGCAAAUGCGAAAACAGACGGCCUCGACAAGGAUUUGAACUUGAAGGGAGAUGAUUACUCACUGUUAAUUCUCCUCUUCUACAUUCCAUUUGGGUUGUUUGACCUGCCAUGGAAUCUGUUGAUCAAAAGGUUUUCAGGCAGACUCAUGCUAUCUUUCAUGUCUGUGGUUUGGGGUAUUUUAGCACUCUCCCAAUGUGCUGCCAAAGGCUUCGGUGAUCUCCUUGCCAUAAGAAUCAUCCUUGGUGUUUUCGAGGCGGGAUUCUUCGCGGGAGCUACAUUUUAUCUGACGUUGUUCUAUACCCGCGGGGAGAUGGGAUUUCGCCUCGCUAUCAUGCAAUCUUUUGCCGUUUUGGCCUCGGCAUUCAGUGGGCUUAUCUCAUUUGGUGCAUUCCAGAUAGACCACCCGGUGGUCAAAGGAUGGCAGUGGCUGUUCAUCAUCGAAGGCUCAAUGACACUUAUUACCGGUAUUGUCGCCUACUUCCUGUUACCUGAUGGGGCGCAAACAGCCUGGUUCCUGAGUGCAAGAGAGAAAGCGGCAGCGAACGCACGUUUGCUCCGCGAUACCUCGUCAGAGGUAGAUACGCCAUUCAACCUCAAGGACUGUUUUCGGUCAUGGAACGACUGGAAAUUCCCAGUAUGGUGCCUCAUCACGUUCACAUAUCCUGUUGCAUAUGCGACCGCAAUGAACUUCUCCCCUCUCAUUGUUCAACGAUUGGGAUACUCCGUGAUCAAGACGAAUCUUUGGACCGUUGCCCCAAAUCUCGUAGGCGCUGCAUUCCUGCUGUGUGUGGCUAAGUCGUCCGACUAUUUCCGCGAGAGGACGCUCCAUAUUGUAUUUUCGUUGAUGGUCUCAUUGAUCGGCAUGAUUAUCCUGAUCGCCAUCGAUGUGCAGAACAACAAGGGAAUUGCAUACUUCGCGUGUUUCCUGAUGGCCGCAGGAGCCUAUAUCCCGUCCUGUCUCGUCCAUGCAUGGCACAACAACAAUAACGUCCAUGAGAACUCUCGAGCGGCGAAUACUGGGUUCUUCGUCGGUCUGGGCAAUUUCGCUGGAGUUUUGAGCGCGGGUACCUUCCGGACUCAAUAUGCACCCAAGUGA